CUAUUACUGACAAAGGCCAUUUUAUCCUUUUUAGCAAUUUUCAACGUGAAAACUGCUGCAAACUACAUGCUUGCUGACAGCCGCAAGGAAAAUAAUAACCAAAGUAAGCUAAAACCCAGGGACUGGUCCUUGCCUUUACUAUUACCUGACUGAUUCUCUUGCUCUCCGGAUGGUUCCAUUUUAGCCCGGGAUUCGUCUGUUGUUGGAAACGUGGACAUGGGAACCCCUAGUGUUUUAUGGAAUGUUGCAAAGAAGUGUUUCACGGUUGGGGUUAUCUCACUUACAGUUUCAGAUCUAUUUGCCAGUAUUGUCCCAGUCCGGGGUGCCUCAAUGUCUCCCACAUUUAAUCCUAAAACCAAUUCCUUGCUUGAUUCAUUGAGUGAUGAUCGUGUUCUGGUCGAGAAGUUGUGCCUUAGAAAGUACAAAUUCUCACACGGUGACGUGAUAGUUUUCUGCUCUCCGGAUAAUCACAAGGAGAAACAUAUAAAGAGAAUUGUUGGCUUGCCAGGUGAUUGGGUCGGGACUAUUUACGACGUGGUGCAUAUUCCAGAAGGACAUUGUUGGGUCGAGGGAGACAACUCAGCUUCCAGCUUAGACUCGAGGUCUUUUGGCCCUGUUCCUUUGGGUUUGGUUAAAGGAAGGGUCACCCAUAUUUUGUGGCCUCCACAUCGAGUAAACAGCAUCGAGAGAAAAACUUCUCGAAACAGAGUUUCGCCCUCCUAAUUACAUCUGAAUUCUGAACCGCUGUUCCCUUCUUUUUCGUUGGAUUUACGGUUUCUUUUUACCCUCACUUUAAGCAGUUGUCAAAUGCCAUGGCAGAGUUCUUCAUGGGCAACUAAUACAUUUGUUUCCAUUGAUAUAAUUAACAUUUCAGAAUGCCCAAUUGUUAAAUUCAAUUAGUUUGUAGCA